UAUUUUGAAACAUGAUAUGGGAUACGCUUAGUGUGUGAAAGAUGAAAAUGAAUUUUGAAUGCAAAACGAAUUGUAGGGUAUGCACAUGGCAUUAGGUAAUCAUAGUGAUACAGAUUCAGAUACAUUACUAACCACUCUUUAUUAUUGACUGUGUCUUCCAUCUAUUUCAUCACCUUUACUCCUCAAUAUAUAUAUAUAUAGAAGAGCAUGCAGUGUUAAGCAUGCAAAUCCAUUAGUGCUACCUUAACAGUGAGAUAUACAAUAAUGGGCAUGCAGUUAGUAUUGUUGUGCUUAAUGUUGAUGAAGGCGAGUUCAACAAGUGCAAAUGGUGAUGGUGAUGGUGAUAGUGGGUGUCCAUUAGGGAGUGACACAUACCAAUAUAGUUGCCCGGAAGCAGAAGCAAUAAUCUUCUCAUGGGUGGAACAAGCUAUAUCUCAAGACUCCAGAAUGGCAGCCUCGUUACUUAGGCUGCAUUUCCAUGAUUGCUUUGUCAAUGGAUGUGAUGCUUCGGUUCUGUUAGAUGACAGAGAUGAUUUUGUGGGUGAGAAGAGUGCAGCUCCAAACCUGAAUUCGUUAAGAGGCUUUGAAGUGAUCGACGCAAUCAAAUCAGAGCUAGAAUUAGUGUGUCCUGAAACUGUCUCUUGUGCUGAUAUAUUGGCAACUGUUGCUCGAGAUUCUGUCGUUCUGUCAGGAGGUCCAGCUUGGGAAGUGAAAAUGGGAAGAAAAGAUAGCAUAAGUGCAAGCAAGGAAGCAGCAAAUAAUAACAUCCCAGCUCCAAAUUCAACGGUUGAUGACCUCUUGACUAAGUUCCAGAAUGUCGGACUUAAUCUUCAAGACAUGGUGGCCUUAUCAGGUGCUCAUACAAUUGGAAAAGCGCGAUGCUCGACAUUUAGCAGUCGCCUACAGAGUAGCAGUGACUCAUCAGAUGUUAAUAUGCAAUUCAUCGAGUCGUUGCAACAGCUGUGUUCAGGAGAAGAUAACACCAACAAAGUUGCACACCUUGACCUCGCUACACCAGCUACAUUUGACAGCCAGUACUACGUUAAUCUACUUUCUGGGGAGGGGCUACUGCCGUCAGACCAAGCCCUCGUCAAUGGGAAUGAUCAUACACGACAAAUUGUGGAAACCUAUGUCGAGGAUCCAUCUGCUUUUUUUGACGACUUCAGAUAUUCAAUGGUGAAGAUGGGAAGUUUGGGUUCGAAUACUCAAAUUGAUGGCCAGAUUCGAAGGGACUGCCGAACUAUUAACUUACCUAAUUAAUCCUUUUUAUAAUAUGGAAUCAAAUUAUAGUUGGCAUCGACAUACCUUAUUGCUUAGUCUUAUAUACUUGGAACUUGCUAGUUAUUACCAUUAUAAGAUUUAUCAAACCCAUAAAGCAGCGUCUUAAAGCUCUA